AGCAACCUCAAAUCUACCAAUCUGGUAGUCAGUUGAGGUCAUUACACGGAGAGCCACCCCGUUACGCAGCAAUUGGGCGCUGAAUACCGCAGUCUAUCCGCCCAAGAUGCUCCCGCAACGACUUGUGCGAGCUUCGGCUCUGCGCACCACCCUAGCUGCCAGCCGAAGACUUCCUACGAUCCAGCGACGAGCCUUUUUGCCAUCCCAAUUCUCCGACAAGAAAGUGAUUGACGAAAAGUACCCCGAUCCUGUGCGACCUAGCGAGGCCGAGGACCCUGGCAUGAAUGGAGGCUACAUCAACCCGCCUAAGAUCAAGCGACAAUUCCGCGACCCCUAUGCCACCUGGUGGGACCCUCAGGAGCGACGAAACUUUGGUGAGCCGGUGCACGAGGAUAACGAUAUGCUGGGUAUCUUCUCCCCAUGGGAGUAUACGUGGACUACUACAGGGCCCGGUCUGAUCAUGGUUGGAACAUUCAUCGCCGUUUUCCUCGGAGUUUCAGGAGUUGUGUAUCUCAACUACCCUGACCUGGUUGCCUACCCCAGAGAGUUUGAGAAUGGCUUAGAGCGAGAGCUGGGUGGCCCAGGAGCCGUAAGAGCACGAAUGGCUGGCGAUGCUGAGCCAUAAGAUAAAAUGUCAAGUUGUAUAUAAUAAAGAAUGAAAAAUGUUUCUCCUAUCUGACGCUUCCUUUUGAAAUUAAAUAUUGGCGGAUAGGGAUCCGGAUCGCAAAAUAAGAAAGAGGAAUUUAGAUGUUCAAAUCUUUCCUUCGAUGGUUUACAGUCAUUGGGCUGUAUCCAGCUGACUGGUUUAUGCAAUACGACGUUUACUUCUGAAUACUCAAGUAGUAUCUAUACAGGCUUGGGUGUAUUGUUGUCUUGGUAGCUAAAACGAGUGCAAAUGAUGCUCUGCUUAUCGUUUCUGUUUUCCAACUGAGCAGACGAUGCUAAGCUAUACUGAUUUCCAAU